AUGGAUGAUUUGUUGGAUAAUUUCGCAGACCAGAGUCUCGAGUCACCGACGGAAGAGGGUUACAAGUAUCAUUUCAUCAAUGGCAGCCCUGCGGUCUCGGAGCAUGCGAGGCCCGAUCGCACUGCGGCCACUGCUACAGCUGUUUCGGGCAACGAUGACCCAUUCUUCGACAACAAAGCUUCUGGCAUCCCACAAGGCACUACCUCAGGUGUUGAGGACGAAGCAGAUUACAAUGCUGAUGUCGAUGAUGAUGAUGAAGACGAGCAUAGACGCGAUGAAGCUUCCCGUUACGAAUCUUACCAUCAGGAUCUGACCACUGGGGCAAGCUACAACGAUAAGUCGCUUCUUGAGAACGACACAGACGAUCUCGAUCCCUCCUUUCACAACGAAGACUACGAUGCCUUCGCGACGCACCGCACCAACAGCAGAGUGCCCUAUCCGAAUCUUGAGCCAUCUCUUGCUCCAAGCCAUGAUGGACGAGAUGAGUUGGAUGCCUUUGCUCAACACCUACGCCGAAUUCAUCGCCAAGACAUGGAAAGAGAUGAGCUUCUCACUAAACUCCAUCAGGAAAAUCUGGACUUGAAGAGGACAUUGAAAGAGAGUGUUCCGGGCGGUAACCCAAGGGCGGAAGCAGCUGAGCGGAGCUUGUUUGAGAUUCGCAAAGCCUUAGACACCAAUCCUUACGUCUGCGUUCUCAUUGACGGAAAAGGUUACAAAAUUCACGAAGAUCUCCUCCAAUCCGGGAAGAUAGGAGGGGCCGAGGCUGCAGACCGAUUGUGGACCGAAGUCUCGAACUACCUCCAACAGUUUGGGGAUGCCAAGUAUUGGGAGAUUAUGGUACACUUCUACAUCGACAUAGAAGGCAUAUUGGCUCGCUGCGUCAGUGCCGACAUCCCUCUGCUCAAUGGCGACGUACGAGGCUUUAUGCUUGGAUUUACACAAGCACGGCCGCUCUUUACUAUUGUAGACGUGGGAAACGACCCAGGGAAGGUAGCGCGGAAGGUAGAAGGAAUGUUCCACCUCUUCGUCAACAAUGUUCAAUGCAAACACUUGAUCUUCGGGUGCUGUCACAACAGGGCUUACGCAGUCACACUGGAACCUUAUGCCUUCAACCCUAUCACCGCCUUCAGUAUCACUCUGCUGAAGUCAUACGAAGACGACAUAUACUUCGGGGGUCUACCCUUCAGCGCAGUGGAAUUCCCACACGUAUUCCGGUCCACACCCUUCAAAGAAACGGAUAGACUAGCCGAGGAACUCGAUAUCAUGCAAGAUUUCCCACCACAGUCUGGCUCCGGCGGUAUCACGAGAGAGGGCGAGAAGACCAGCGCGAAUGAAAUUACAGGGGAAGACGAAGCCCUCGCCAAAUGGCAAGCCGCUUCCAACGCCUCCAUUCCUCUACCAACUCGGUUCCCGCGACCGGCGAAGCCUCAAUCAACCUGGGGUUCCAACCAGACGGUCCUCUUGAACAUCAACGACGAGCGCGUCGACCCUCCCCUUUUAGAAGAAGACUACGACACGUCAGAGAGCAUGAAAGAUCGCAUGGAAGCCAGGCGGUUCUGUCACUUCUACCAUUUGAUGGGCAAUUGCGUCUCCCUCAAUCCGGGCUUUAGACAGGCCUGCAAGUUCCGCCACGGACCCAAACUGAACCCCGAGGAGAUUGUGGUCCUCGGAAACAACGUGAAGAACCUGCCUUGUGGACGUGGCUCACGAUGCCGUCAACCGGACUGCGUCUUCGGACACAUCUGCCACGAUCAGCCAGGAUGUACCAGGGGAGCUCGGUGCCUACUCCAUAAAUUUCAUGAGGUGGACCCAACGGUGGUCAGGGUGUGGUCUGGACCCAGCGCAGUGGAUCGCAGAAGAUUUUAG